AUAACUUUAGGCUUUCUAAUUCUGUUCAUUAUCUUUUUCUGUUUUAUGAUCUCUAAAAACCCUAAGAUAUGGCCAAAAACAGAAACAAGAAGAAGCGAAACGGUGUCGCUUCAAUGGAAAUCAGCGAAGGAACCGUUCCUGAUCUUCCUCAAGCAAUGGACACUUCAGAGACUGGAGUUAAAAACCCUAAAUCUGGUGCUGCCAAAAUCAAGCUGAAGAAAGGAAGACCAAUGAAGAGAUCAAAAAAUGUUCGGAAGAUGAAGGCUGUGGCAAAAGCAAUUGCGAAGAAUGAGAAGUAUGUUGAGAAAAACUCAAAGAAUGAAAACAAGAAAUCAAGAACUCAAUCAGCAAAAAUGCUAUACGACUGAGUAUGUUAAAGAGUUUUAUUGCAAAAGGAACUUAAUAUGCUGUCCUUCUAAUCCAAGUAUCUUCUACUCAGAUGUAUUUUUGGUAAUUUAGCUAUUCUUAGGUUUGUGUAUAAUUGGUUCAAUUCUUACAAUCACGACUGGUUAAACUACCUUUUGUAGCCGGCAGGAUAUUGAGGAUUGGGGUACCAUAAAUUACAUUAGAAGAAGUUUUGGAAGUGUUCAUGAACAUAAUUUGACAGAGUUUUGUCAUGCUCAUAGAUUUAAUUCAAGCAUUGAUUUGUUUGCAUUGUCCAA